AUUUAAAUGAAACCCGCUGCAAUUAAAUGCUUGAGAAUUAAGUCCUCUUAUUUCUUAGUUACAACCAUUUAGCUUUAGUUUCCUCAGACUAUUUCUACAAAUGAUUUGUUCAAAGAAAAUCAUUCUCAUCAAUUUUAUUCUGUCAUUUUCCCUUCUGCUGAUCAUUGAACAUUUACCUCAGUCAAAUGGGAACAGAAUUGCAACCGGAUACUUUAAUAAAGAAGAAAUUUUGCACGAACCGGGAAAACGUAUGCUGAACGGUCUUCGGUUCCAAGAACUGCUUCGUCUGCAAAAACUUAAAGACAGUGCUAAAUGGCUUGAAGAUGUUGGGAAACGUUCACAUCCUUAUUCAGUGAACUCACUGACUGAUGAAGAAUAUAAAUGAACUACCUAUUGAGAGGACCACUUUGAACAACAAAAAACAAUAUCAGUGACAACAAAAGAAAGUUUACAACAAAGAAAAUAAGAAAUUAUUUUGUUCUUACUGUAUUUGUGAAUGAUUUUAAUGGAAAGUGUUUGAAAUAAAUAUAAUUUUAUCGUUGU